AUGACACACAUGAGUGUAGUGACAACGUUCUUCCUCAUGGGGCUUCCCCGUGCACCUGCGCUGGACAUCCCCCUCUGGGGACUGUUCUUGGUGAUUUAUGUACUCACCGUGCUGAACUUCCUCAUCCUGCUGGUGAUCGCGGUGGAUUCCCACCUCCACACCCCCAUGUACUACUUCCUGACCAACCUGUCCUUCAUUGACAUGUGGUUCUCCACGGUCACCGUGCCCAAAAUGCUGAUGACCUUGGCGUCCCCAGGAGGCAGGGCGAUCUCCUUUCACAGCUGUGUGGCCCAGCUCUACUCCUUCCACUUCCUGGGGAGCACCGAGUGUUUCCUCUACACAGUCAUGUCCUAUGACCGCUACCUGGCCAUCAGUCACCCGCUCAGGUACCCCAGCAUGAUGAGUGGGAGGACGUGUGCCCUCCUGGCCACCAGCACGUGGCUCAGUGGCUCUCUGCACUCUGCUGUCCAGACCACACUGACAUUCCGUUUGCCCUACUGUGGGCCCAACCAGAUCCAGCAUUACUUCUGUGAUGCCCCUCCCAUCCUCAAGCUGGCCUGCACGGACACCUCCGUGAACGAGAUGGUGAUCUUUGUCAACAUCGGGGUCGUGGCCUCGGGCUGCUUUCUCCUGAUAGUGCUGUCCUAUGUGUCCAUCAUCUGGUCCAUCCUGAAGAUCCGCACCUCAGAGGGGAGACACAGAGCCUUUCAGACCUGCGCCUCCCACUGCAUUGUGGUCCUUUGUUUCUUUGUUCCCUGUGUUUUCAUUUACCUGAGGCCAGGCUCCCGGGAUGCUGUGGAUGGGGUUGUGGCAGUUUUCUACACGGUGCUGACACCCCUUCUAAACCCGGUGGUGUACACCCUGAGGAACAAGGAAGUGAAGAGAGCUCUGCUCAAGGAAACAUCAUUGGCCCCAGCCUGCAAUGUAAGGUGUUCCUGUCGCAGAGCAGGUUGUAGUUUGGUGCAGCUGAAUUUCCAAGACCCUAAGACGGUGGGAGCAGGAGCUCCCUGGGCAGAUGACCAGCUGCCACCGGCUGUGGUAAAAGAAUGCAGUGAUGAGGGGCGCCUGGGUAAAAAAUGA